AUAUUAAAAUAUCCAUAUAAUUAAUUUUUAAAAAAAUUAAAUCACUUUUUAGAAUUAAGUUUUAUAAACACUAAAAUAUCCUUAUAUAUGACUAAUUAUUAUUGUUUGAUUGUAUGAAAAAUUAGACAUUUAAAUUUAAUUUUAAAAUGAUUAAAACACGGAAAGAGUUCAUUUUAAGAAAUCAAAAUACGUUUCGAGAAUUAAUUUUGAAAGACUAAAAUAUUUUUAUAAUUAAUUUUUUAAAAGACUAAAUAAUCUUUUGGGAUUAAUUCGGAAAUUAAAAUACUAAAAUACUAUAGGAUGAAGAACGAUUAUUUGGUUUUAUUAGAAAUUAGGAACUUGACUUUAAUAAUAAAAAGACUAAAAUAAUAGCUUCUAGAAUUAAAGUUGUUUAAUUGUAUUAAAAAAAAUUGAAUUUGAUUUUAGAAAGACUAAAAUAAAAUAUCUUUCUAGUUAAUUUUGAAAAGAUUUAAUUACCUUUUUAAAAUUUAAUUUGUUUAAUUGUAUUAUAAAUUUAAAAUAUGAGAUACUAAAAGAUCCUCUUAAUCAUAUUUUAAAAAACCAAAAUAUCUUUUUAGGAUUAAUUUUGAAAGACUUUAUAAAUAAUUUAAUUAUUAUGUCGAUAGAGAAUAAUUAUUUUGUUAAUUUCAAUGUUUUUGUCAUGAACUUAAUUACAAAAUCUGAUAUAGUAUAAAAACUUAAUAAAAAAAUAUAAAAAUUUAAUUAAAAAUUUAAUAAAAUUAUACGAACUGAUACCUAAUUAAGCCUAUACAGUAGUAUAUUAGUGUCCGAAAUAUCUUUAAUAGUCUCACUUUCUUCUUUUUUAGUUAUUGUUCAUUAUUUUGGAGAAAUCCACAUUCUUGUGUUGUUGUCUUAUUCAUAUUCGGCUAAUUUUUUUUAGAAAUGGAUGAGCAUGCUGUUGUGUUAUCCAUUAUUAUGGGUAAGUUUGGUGUUUUUUUUUUAAAUAUAGAAAUUCAUUUUUUUUAAUUGAAUUAUCAAAUUAAAUCAUCAUAUUUGAGCGUAUGAAAAAUUCAAAAAAAAAAAAUGAGGGUAAUUUUAUGAUGGCUGAGAUGUGAAUUUUGUAAGUACAUAAAAAAAAUUCAGAUUUAUGAUUUUAAAAUAAUAAAAAAAUUUAUAAACACAAAUUUGAUAUUAAAAUUUAUUAUUUCAAAAAAAUAAAAAAUUCAUAUACGCAAACCUAACCAUCAGAUUUUGAUAUCAAAUUUUGAUUUUUAGAAUUUUUUUAACUGUCGUCUGUCUUCCACAAUUUUGUGAUAUAUUUUUCACUUUUAUAAUACAGCUAAAGAUAUAUUCCUCUCUAAUAUUUAAAAUAAAAAAAUACUAUUCUAACCAUCCAUUUAUUUUAUUAAUCAAUAAAAUAAUUAUCUUUGAGAAAAAAUAAUUAAUUUUAAAAGAUUAAAAUAUUCUUUCUGAGUUAAAAUUAUUUAAUUGUAUUAAAAAUUAGAAGUAUCAAUUUACUAAUACUAGAAUUUUUUUUUUUUGCCGAUGAAUUAUAGCUUAAAUGGCAUAAUCUUCCUAUCUUUGGUAAAAAAAAGAAAACUUUUUUUUGAAUUUUAAAAUGGUUAAAUUUAGGAUUAUUUUUAAAAGGAAUUAAAUAAAUUACCUUUAGACACCAAAAAAAAUAAAUUACCUUUUAACGUUAACUUUGUUUAGUUGUAUUAGAAAUUUGGUUUUGAUUUAAAAAAAUAUUAUUUCACACAUACAUAAAAAUAUUAGUAUAAGAAUCAAAGUAUUUUAAUAUCAUAAUUAUUAUUAUCUUGGAAUUCUAAAUUGAAUAAAGUUACAUAAACAAUUUUGAAUUAAAUAUUUUCAUAAAUUUUCACAUAGCUUUAUAAAUUUGUAAUUACAUAAUUGUUAAAUUUUAUAUUAAUUUAUAUAUCUAUCUAAAUUUCAUGACAUGCGCGGAUAUAGAUCUAGUUUCAUAUUAAAUUGUACAAAUAAACAGAGUUAUGCAUUCACCUUAAGUUGGUCAUAUCUGUUUCAACGUAGAAAAGCAAACUGACAAAGAUUUGCAUGAUUUUCAUACUCUGUUGGAUGAGAGUAAAUGCACAUUAGAAUAAGAAACAGUAAUAAAUAAUAAUAUUUAGUUACUUUAGAUAUUAAAAAAGUUAGCUACACAUGGAAAAAAAAAUUCACUUUUAUAAAAAAAAAGUUAAAAAUUAAUUUAAUAUAUUUGACUAAAUAUCUAAAUUGCUUGAUAUAAUUAGUAUUAAAAUAUAAAUUCACUAAAAUCACCAAGCUUAAACAUGCUCAUUUUCUUUUUUAUUACAAUCUCCGUUAUUAUUGUUUUUUUCCCUCUUCUUAUUCUUCUCUAUUUUUACUUGUACUAUGAUAUACUUUCUCCUUUUCUUUUCCAUAUACCAUAGAAAUGAAUCAGAACUGAUUCAAGAUAUUGUCAAGAAUAUUUCGGAAAAAUUGUCGCAUCUUUUUUCAAAUGCACCCCAAGACCUUGUCGGAAUUGAUGAGCAUUUUAAAUUUCUUCAACCUUUAAUGGCAAUGGAGUCUGAUGAAGUUCGAACUGUGGGAAUUUGGGGGAUGGGAGGCAUAGGUAAAACAACAAUUGCUAGAGCAAUAUUCGACAGAUAUGCCUCUCGAUAUCAAGGUUGCUGCUUUCUACAAAAUGUAAGAGAAGAAUCACAAAAGUCUGGUAAACACAGCUUAUAUGAGAAACUUAUUUCUGAACUACUUGAGGGAGAACAUCUCCUUGUGAAGGGAUCAGCCCAUGCAAGAUCUAUGUAUGUCAAGAGAAGGUUGAGUCGGAAAAAGGUGCUCAUAGUGCUUGAUGAUGUUGAUGCAUUAGACACGUUAGAUUAUCUAACAACAGAAGCAAUCUGUCUGGGAGCAGGUAGUAGGGUCAUUGUAACAACAAGAGACGAGCAAAUUCUAAUCAAUAAAGGAGUGGAUAAAAGAUACAAGGUUUGGGGAUUGAGCUUUGACAGUUCCCUUGAGCUUUUUUGCUUAAAAGCCUUUCACAAAAGCUAUCCUGAACAUGGAUAUGAAGAGCUUUCAAAAAUGGCAGUUAAUUACACAAAGGGCAUUCCAUUAGCAUUAAAAGUAUUGGGAUCCUUUCUACACUCAAGGAGCAUAAAAGAAUGGGAAAGUGCAUUGAAAAAACUCAGGGUUCAUCCCAAUGUGGACAUCUACAAUGUCUUAAAAUUGAGUUAUGAUGGAUUAGAUGAUUUAGAAAAGAACAUAUUCCUUGACAUUGCAUUCUUUUUCAGAGGAGAAUACAAGGAUAAUGUUAUAAGCUUUCUAGACUCUUGUGGUUUCUAUGGCGACAUUGGAAUAAGCACUCUUGAGCGUAAAGCUCUUAUAACUAUUUUCGGCAAUAGAAUAGGAAUGCAUGACUUGAUACAACAAAUGGGUUGGGAAGUCGUUCGCCGAGAAUCAAAUAAAGAUUCUGGAAAGCUCACUCGAAUAAAUAAAGCUGAAGAUUUCUGCAACUUAUUGAAAAAUAGUGAGGAAAAAAGUUUAGUAGAAGGCAUUAUGAUAGACUUGUCCCAAAUUGGAGAUCUACACUUAAAUGCGAACACAUUUACAAAUAUGCCUCGUCUAAGAUUUCUUAAGCUUUAUGCUCCUUCGGAUCAAAGACAGUCCAAAGUCUACAUUCCCACAACCCUGGACCCGUUUCCUGCAAAACUCAGCUAUCUGGAGUGGCAUAGUUGUCCUCUGAAUUCUCUACCAUUAAGGUUUUGUGCAGAAAAACUUGUUGAGCUUAGGAUGACUAACAGUCAAAUUUCUAAACUCUGGGACGGAGCACAGGAUUUUGUGACUUUGACAAAGCUUGACCUUAGUGGAUGUAUAAAGUUGGUAGAGCUCCCAGACUUCAGUAAAGCAACAAAGCUUAAAGGGUUAUACCUAAAGGGUUGUGAAAGUCUAUGUCAACUUCAUCCAUCUAUUUUAUCCAUCCAAACACUUGAGGAAUUGUAUCUUGAUGGUUGCAAAAAAUUGAAGAGUGUGAAAGGCAACAUAUAUUUGAAAUCUCUUAAAAUACUCGCGGUUCAAAGGUGCUCAAGCCUGGAGGAAUUUUCGGUGUCAUCAGAGAAACUGACGAGUUCGUAUUUCUCUUUGUUGAGACUUAAGAGCUUACCAGAUGAAUUCUAUUGCUCUACGUAUCUUGUAUAUCUUUGUCUUUGGGAUUGCAGAGAGCUAAUUGAGCUUCCACACCAUAUCAAAACCCUAUCAAGCUUAUUGACUCUUGACGUAAGUGGUUGUUGUAGUCUUCGAUCUAUACCGGAGCUUCCACCAUCUAUUGAAGUGCUUUUUGCUAAUGGGUGCACAUCACUGGAAAGAAUAUUCAGUUUGAAGGCAGCAUUUAGUUUGAACAGAAGACGGAUCUCAUUUGAAAAUUGCGUGAAAUUGGAAGAGGAGUCGCUGAAUGAUAUUACGGAAGAUGCCCAUCUCACAAUAUUGAAAAAUGUUUUGUUUUAUUUAACGGGUCAAUAUCAGAUGAUAAAUUAUUAUGAAUAUCGUAGAAUGGAUGGUCGUAUUUGUUAUCCAGGGUACAAAGUUCCAAAGUGGUUUGGAUGUCAGACAACAGAAGCGUCCAUAACAAUUGAACUUGAUCAACCUUACUACCACUUGUUGGGUUUCAUCUUCUGUUGUGUUGUUUCUCAAAGCUUACCUUCUCCUUAUUUUAAUAAAUGGGGUACUCACAGUAUCAGGUGUGAAUACGGCCACUUCGGAGACGAUGUAAAGCACACAUUUCAAAUUACAAGGCAAAACUUUAUUCCUGAAAGACGACGGAACUCUGAAGAUCACGUUUUUAUUUGGACUUAUCAAUUUCCCGAUGAAGACAUGUUUAGGGAAAUUGAAAUGUGUGAUGAUGAUGACAGCACUAGCAACCAAAAGAUGUCAUUCAGAUUCAGUGUUGAUCGAUCUGAUGAAUAUGGGAAGAGAGUAGAAGAAAGGAAAAAAUUGGUUUUUAUCAAAGGGUGUGGGAUUUUGCCAAUGUAUGCCUCAACUGUCGUGGAUGUCAUUCAAAAACUUGAAUUGGAGUCCAAGUUGCAGUUGAACCCUAAUCCUUAUAACUCCAUCAGAAGGCAGAGUAUAGAGGCACUGAAAAGCAAGAUGAUCCGGAAGAUUAAAGGAAAAUCACAUCGACUCCUGAAGAAGUAAGCUGCAUGACCAAGAACAGUGAAAGAAAAGUAGUUUGGAUUUAAAAGGCAGCAAGGGGGAGGAGUACUACCACUGCAUUUGAUUUUCAACAUUAGCAAAAGCUUCAUGCCGCUAAUUCCACCUUGUACUACUAUUUAAAAGUUUGUACAAACAGAUGCACUUACAUUCACUUUUGUGAUCUUGUGAAACUCUUGUUUGAUUUGUGUAUCCUAAUGUAAUUGAACCACUUUUUGUCAUGAUUCUUGGGAAUGCCACACUUUUUUUUUUUACACAAGUGAGGAGUUUCUAUUCUUAUGUUUUAAUUUAUGUAUUAUUGCAUGUAAAGCCUU